AUGGGAAGGUUGUCACUACACCCAAGAAAAUUUGAAUCCGAGUACUCGGCAGAAAUAAAUAACUUCAGGGAGGAAAAUGCUUCAAGCCUAAAUAAUAAUUGUCGAUCAGGAAGGAAAAUCCAAAAAUCAAUCUUACCAAACAAAAGAAGGUCUAUUUCCAUUGGCCAAGGUAAGAAUGAUGAAUUUGGUGCCACCAAACUUUCGAGAACUUCCAUAAAUUUAAAGGGACAGAUAGAACAGAACAAAUUACUUUAUUCAAAAAGUUCCUCUAAUCAACUACCGAACGAGGACCUUGACCAACUAUGCAACCAAUGUUUAAACUUACUUAGACAAAAUAAAAUAUCUUCCAAGAAUGCAUUUGAUAUUCUUCUUAUAGAUCAUUUGAACGAUAUUGUGAAUGUGCAGGACCCUCAAGACCAUCCUCAAAGCUUUGAAUGUAGAGAUAAGUCUAUUACGAUUAAAAGAGGAAAUAAAGAAAAUUCUGAAAGUAAUUAUAGUGUAAAUGAAAAAAAGAAUUCAGAUAAAAUUAAGAUUGAUAGAGUAGAAACCCUUAAUGAGUUAGGUCCACAAGCCUCACAGGAUUCAAACUUCCAGAAAUUUCAAAGAGCUGCAGUGACUUUGGAAGCCUCAGCCAGAAUAUAUGGAUACAGAGUGGACUCAACAUUUGAUAAUGCCUACAGAAUUUUGUCAAACAUUAAGAGCGGCCAAAUAUUAGCUAGAAAUGACUCAGACUGUGAGGAGGAUCAAAAAGAAGAUGAUUCUGGAGAUAUUUUGGCGGAAGGAGAAUUGAAUAGAAAGAAAAAAAACAAGAAGAACUUAAUUUUCUCUGGAGAAAACAAUACAGUAGUCAGCAAUCCGGAGCUUAUAACCUUAAAAGAGUUCGAAAAAACUAAAGAAAUUAGUGAGAAGCCUUUUUUUGUUAAUUUUUUAAAUGAUAAAAUUAAGCUGGACAACAUUGGAUUUGGAGUGGAUUGUGGCAAUAUUGGUUCUAUUUCAUCAAUGCUCAUGAAUAACUUAGAGCUAAGAGAUUCUGUAUCUAAUAAAGACAAUUCAGUUUCAUUUUCAUUCAAUAUAUCAGGGAAGAACAGUUUUACUAAUAGGAAUAAUUCAUCAAACUCAAAACUACAUUUAGAUCAAUUAUUGAAGGUAAAUAAAAAAACACUAGAUUUAUUUCUACCAAACCCAGAUGAAAGCUUUAGCCAAGAUUGUCACAAUAUUGUUUGCCCAGAUUUAACCAAGAUUCUUGACUCAAUACAAGAUAUAAUAGAGACUCAUAAUGAUAUUAAACAAGUUAAAGAUUCAGUUUCCCUAGAAGAACAACUAUUAGUUAGUGAAUUUGAGGACAAUUUUUUGGAUUUUUCUAAACUUUCAAUCGAGAAUAAGGUCUCAGAGCUUGAGGAUAAGCUUUUAGAACAAGACCAAAGUGUGUGUGAGAAUGAAAAUGAUGAUCCGAGUUUUUUAAGUAUGAAUAAUUCUCUGGGGGAGGUUAAUACAAAUAUAGAUGUAGAAUUACAAAGUUUUCAAAUACAUGUAGAAAGAGUUAUUGAAGAUUUGAAGAGAAACGAAUUUUUUGACGAAAUUUUGGAUGAAGACUUGAAUUUAAACCAAGAGACUGAACAAACAAAGAAAUCUGAAGAAUUCAAAUUUAACAAGAUAGGAGAUGUACUUGACUUUUUGGCUAACAAAUCCUCUAGAAGUGGAGAACUUUUUAAUGGAAGUAGAAGGAGGGAAAGAAAUAAUUAUGGACAUGGGCAAAAGCUUAAUUCAAAAUCAGAAGAGGUCAUUUUUGAAAUUCCAUCUACAUUAUUAACAAACAGUGUGUUUAAUGGAAUUGAGUGGGUUAAUAGUUUACCAAAAACUGUACAGACUCCAGCAAACUCAAGUAAAACAAAAGUUAAAAGCUUAUUAAGUAACAAAACCUUUGUGGGAGAAAGCAAUACUAGUUCUAUAUUUAAUUAUGAUUUGGGCCAUCUAUUUUGCCUGGCUAAUCUUACUGGAGUCAAGAUUAAUUUAAGAUCUAUACAUAAUAAUGUAAAAUCAGAAGAUCUCAACCAAGAUUUUACUACAAAAGAACUAUUAAUAAAAGCAAAUCACUCACAACUAACCGAUAAAAAUGUCUUGAUUGAUUCCAUGCCUAUACAAACGGAUCUUAUGGCAAGCCAUUGUGAAAUUGAAGAUCUUAUGCAAGCUAAAGAUUAUUUGCAACCAUCAAGCCAGAAGGAUUUCUAUACGGAUAGUAACAAAGAUAUUUUCAUUCAGACUAAAUUAAUCUUACCAUUUGAUGGAAAUGAUAUUUCUGAGACAGAUAUUCUUCUUGAAAAAAGUUCAAAAUCACUCCAUGUCAAAGAAGAAUACAGUAACUCGUUAAAAUUCUCAAAGUCAUCAAAUAAUGUUGAUAUAGAUUUGGUUAAGAGAGUUUUGAAAGACUCAAUUCAGCUUUUACUUUCCAAAAAUUCCAACCAUUUGACAUUAUUUAAUAUUAUAAACCAAUCAAGAAAACUGUUACAACAAGAAGGCAUAAACUCUGUCUCUACUGGGAUAUUUUUCAUUUGUAUUUUACAUAUCUGUAAUGAAAAUAAUUAUUCUCUAAGCUUCUCGGAGCCAAACAUUAAUUCUGACACACCCAUUGAAUUGAAUUCUGAAAACUAUAACCACAUAAUGCUUAAUUUGGAUUCAUCUGUAGAUCUUCAGAAAUAA